UCCUUAAAUAACAACACAUAAAGUGCGUGUUUUAAAUUUACUAAUGAUAAGAGUACAGUAGCGCAUUUACCUUAUCAAUCGAUAACAAUUUGCUUCCCACAUUUCUCCUUUUUCUUUGUAGUACCUAGUUGUACACGUUAGUACAGUGCAGAACUUUCAAAAGUGAAAUUGAGUAUAACAUUUCUCUAAAUGGCACACCACUAUUCAGAAGCUUGGCUGCGUUGUUAGUGACUAAACUAAUCCAAAACAUAAGCGUUGGAGUAUUGUUGGGGGUUGAAUGCCAAUUGAGUAUUCAUGAAGUGUGUGUAGGGUACGAAACACCACGACAGUCAGCCAACGUAUAUCAUAUGGAUAAAGUGCUGUAACGGCAGGAGCAGCUAAAAAAUGACGUUAAAAAUCAACAUUGAACUGCCCGUCUUUCUUUUAUUUUUUUCGUUAAAUUUCUCCGAUUUGAUUACAAAAAAUUUCGUUAUAUACAGUACCUGCUACAUUACUUUGAAGUACAAUCAGUCAGACUGUGCCCUUUUGGGCAUAAAUUACACCGACAAUGCAACUGCACUUUUGGAGCAAAAAGUGCAGCCACACGCAGCUGUUAUUUUCACAUGUUUCGGUAUUAUCCAGGUGUUCUUCGCGCCUAUUAUGUGUUUCCUUCUUGGACCAUGGAGUGAUAAAUAUGGACGUAAACCAGUUUUGAUCGCAACCCUUGGAGGUUUGAUGAUCUCAUCUGUACUUAGAACAGUGAUCACCGCAAUUCCAAACAUCUCACCAUGGUAUCUUCUCAUAGGUCUACUACCCUCCUGCAUAGUAGGCGGGCUGCCUGCAGCUAUUACUGUCGUUUUAUGCUACAUAGUUGAUGUCACCGACGAACAGGAGAGGGUGGUUAAAAUGUACAUCUUCGAAGGAUUAAUAGCGAUAGGUACUAUUAUCGGAAGUUUGACGUGCUCGGAAGCCCUAAUUACCUUAAGUUACGCCGGAGUUUUUGGAAUUUCCACUCUUUGCGUGGUCGUUGCCUUACUUUACGUUAUUCUGUUCGUUCCCGAAUCGGUGCAACACGUCCAUACGGAAGGCAAACUAAGAAGUUUAUUCUGCCUAACAACUUUCACCUCAACGGUCAAGACGAUCAUCAAAAGACGGGAAAAUUAUUCACGAGGAAUACUGAUAGGAAUACUUGCGAUAAUGACAUUUUCGAUAUUCAUACUACUUGGGGAAGGGGAGAUUUUGUUUUUAUAUUUGCGGGAAAUUUUUGGUUGGAACAUGCAAUUAUACACUUUUUACAAUAGCAUUGUUGGAGUCGUACAAAUUUUUGGCGGUAUACUAUCCGUUUGCUUAUUUCGAAAGGUCAUGCGGCUUAAGGAAACCACAGUGAUUGGCGUCAGUUUCGUAUUUUGCAUGAUGGCAACUUUGAUGCUAGCCUUGGCGCGCGAAGACUGGCAGAUCUACGUGGGUGGUACUUUAAAGUUUAUGGGUGUAGCAAUUAGUCCGAUGGCGCGCAGUCUUCUUUCCAAAGUAGUGCCGAGUGAAGAAACCGGAAAAGUUUUUUCUAUGCUAACCGCUUUAGAAACAGUAGGGGCUCUAUUAGGAAAUACAAUUUACACGGCUAUUUACAAAGCGACUCUAGACCUAUUUCCUUCCGCAUUUUUCUUUGUUAGUAUUGGAGUUGACGUAAUCAUUUUGGUGAUAUUAAGUGUGAUAAUUGUUUUGCGACGAUAUGACAGCCAAGCCACCUAUGCUCCUAUUGCUAAGGAGUAGACUGUUUAACUAUAUGUGCAGAAUGUUGUGGCACAGAUCUAAUACUUAACAACGCAAAAUAUUUCUAACGUCGGUUUGUGUGUUGAUAGGGUAUAUUUAACAGUGAACACCAAGCCGCAAGCGCUGAUGGCUAGAUGGAAAUCCACAACGGCACUAAAGAAUUUACUUACAGUGGCCGAUUUGCAGUGUGAUAACUGUGUAAUUUGGUAUUGGCUACCAUACUUACGUAAAAUUAUUAUUAAUUUAUCGACCGUUAUUGUUAAGAAGGAAUACAUUUUUAUACCUAUGAUACCUACUAA